GGUUGCAGUGAGCCAAGAUCGUGCCACUGCACUCCAGCCUGGCACCUGGCGACAGAGCAAGACUCUGUCUCAAAAAAAAAAAAAAAAAUUAAAAUAUAAAAAAGAGAAUUAUUUCAUUAUGAUGACCUAAAAGGUAUAACAAUAAGAUAACUUCAGGAUUUGGGAGAAUUUAAAGUAAAAUCAAAGAAUUUUUAAAAAUACGUAUUUUUAUAAAAAAGAAAAGAAAAAGAAUCAGAAGACAAGAUAACUAAAAAUAAGGUAACAAAUCUUUGUUACCUUAUUUUUCUUCUUUUUCUUUUAUUAUCAGCCAGCUUAAAACUUAAAAGGAGUGGAAAGUCUGAGGCCUGGUUCUGCUACCUGGUCAUUUUAAUUUUUAAAUGUCAACCUUCUCCCUGCCCCAUUCCCCACCUCUGUUUGAGUGGCUUCACCCACUGUCUCUGCAGCCCUGGGGCUGUCUCUUUCCAGGUGGUUGCCUCUCGGUCUCUCCAGCAUCUCUCUGUCCCUGUCUGGACCCUGCUGGGGGCCACAGAGCAGGCAAAGGCAGGUCUCGGAUGCCAGGUGUGGGUAGUCUUGGGUGUGCCCUGGGGCCAACUUCCUGACACUUGCCCACUGUGUGCUGCCCCCACAGGUGCCUGAGAUGCUGCCAUCGCAGAAGAAGCACUGGGAGUCCAUGGCUAAGGGGCUGGUGCUGGGCGCACUCUUCACCAGUUUCCUGCUGCUGCUGUACUCCUAUGUUGUGCCCCCGCUGCACGCCGGCCUGGCCCCCACGAGACCCCCAGAGGCUGCAGCGUCCUGCUCUCCACCCCUGGUUGAGCCAGAGGCAGUGACCCGAGCCAACAGCUCAGCGGGAGAGUGUCAGCCGCGGCACAACAUCGUGUUCUUGAAGACGCACCAGACGGCCAGCAGCACCCUCCUCAACAUACUCUUCCCGCUUCGGCCAGAGCACAGGCUCAAGUUCGCCUUCCCGAACGGCCGCAACGAUUUCGACUACCCGACCUUCUUUGCCCGCAGCCUGGUGCAGGACUACCGGCCCGGGGCUUGCUUCAUCAUCUGCAACCACAUGCGCUUCCACUACGACGAGGUGCGCGGCCUGGUGCCGCCCAACGCCACCUUCAUCACGGUGCUCCGCGACCCCGCUCGCCUGUUCGAGUCCUCCUUCAACUACUUCGGGCCGGUGGUGCCCCUCACGUGGAAGCUCUCGGGCGCUGACAAACUGGCCGAGUUCCUGCAAGACCGUCGCUACUAUGACCCCAACGGCUUCAAUGCCCACUACCUCCGAAACCUACUCUUCUUCGACCUGGGCUACGACAGCGGCCUGGACCCCCGCAGCCCGCAGGUGCAGGAGCACAUCCUGGAUGUGGAGCGCCGCU